AUGCCCUCCUCCUCAUCAACCAGCUCGCCGCCUUCACUGUAUCUCCAGCGAGGCCCGCCGCGGGCGCACGUCCGCUACGCCAGCGACUCGAACAUUCCGCACACCGUUUACCACCAUCCUAAUACGAUCAUGGAGGACGUCGACCGGGAGACACGGCCGGGUUUGGAGACCUUCGAUUCCAGCGGCACUGGGAGUGGAAGUUCGAGUGGUGAAAGGGACGAAUACAUCCCUGGUCAAGAAGGUGGGGCUUUCAGCGAUAGCGAGGGAAUAUCUUCCAGGCAUUUUGGAGCAGCGCAGGGCGUGGACGAGACGACACCUUUGACGAACUGGAGUAGCUACGCGUGGACACCAAACAGUAGUAUCGGGAGGCAGAGCAUGCGGUCCUCCGUGGCGCCUACGCCAGGAUCGCAGUAUGAUUCCCUGCCGCCCGGGGCUGCGAUGACGAACGGUACCGUACCAGCUCAAAGACCGUCACGACCUGCCAAUACGCGACAACCGAGUAAUGCAUACGCGCCAGCUAGGAGACCGCACCAAUAUUCGAUUAACACCUCUGCAAGACCUCGCAAUUCUUCUACUCACAGGAAGAGAAAUCCAAACGCGGAAUACAGGGCACAAGAAAAGGCCUACGUACAGCGAAUACGGCAAGAUGCCCCUCACAUGGACGAGCUAUUCAAUGGCGAGCCUAGGACGCCUAGCCUUGAUUAUAGCUCAGGGUCUGAAUCGGAUGAGGAAUCUCCAACGGCAGGCAACUACGUCGAUCAUGAUGUGGGAGAGGUAGACACGUUAAUGUACUAUGGCAACGAAGAUCUAGAACCCUCAAUGGAGGAGCUGAAGAUACCUGCAAAUCGUGAAAGAUUGGAAUGGCAUGCGAUGUUGGCCAAUGUGCUCACGGGCGACGUCGUGAAGCAAGAGAAGAAACGUUUGAUUGGCGGCGCUGAGCAGGGAAACGAUAAUACGUUGAAGACGGAGGUGUGGAUAGGUGUGCGGGCAAAGACUUGUGGUCGGUCUGUUGCUGCGCAGAAGCGGCUGAUUGAGGAUGGACGAUCGAAGAUCAAAGCUCAGAUUGAGUCCAUUGUUGCCUUUGAGAUCAAAGGCGAGGCCGAGGUUGGCAAGUCGCCCGUCGAGCAGGUGCAAGAGAUUGUCAAGAAGAUCGAAAAGAUUGAAGGGCUCUACCCAACACGACAGACUUUUGAAGCUGCACAUCCCCGGGCUGCGAGUACUGCGUACAAAGAGAGCUGCGACGCGGUCAUAGCAUGGCACAACACAACGGAGCUGAUCAACACGGAGCUGGGCAUUCUACAAAGCUGGGUCGGCAACGUCGAGCUUGAUUUCACGAAGUCGCGAGAUCGACCUGGAGGCGAGGAGGGAAACCACUUGUUCGACGACAGCUCUUUCAUCGACCGGAUACUGAAAGAGGAUGGACUAAAAUCGCUGCAGGGCGAGAAGAGCUUGCUCAAUGGUGUCAACACCGUCAUCCACAAGGCCAAGGCUACGCUGAUCGGGAAUGCGGAAGCCUUCGCUGAUCGACAUUUGCCGCCAUACAUCGAAGAACUGCUCACCCUGAUAAACUUUCCCAGUCGCCUCAUUCAGGAGAUCAUCCGGAUGCGUUUGUCGUACGCUAAGAAAAUGAAGGACUCAGCACAACAAGGCGUGAUGACUGCAGAGCAGAUGAUUUUGCAAUUUAGAAUCUUGCUUCAGCUGGCUGUGAAAAUCAAGGAGUCGUACAACGCAAUCGCGCAACCCGAGCCAGGCUGGGACCUGCCGCCAUGCAUCGAUGACAAUUUUGACUCGGUAAUACUGGACGCCUUGCGUUUCUACUUCAAGAUGCUGAACUGGAAAUUGAUGGCAAACAAGAACACGUUCAAGGAAGCCGAAAUUCUUGAACAGGAGUGGGACUUCUCCAACGAACUAGGACGACAUCUGGACGGUGGAGAUGUCGAAGUCGCAGAACAGUUCUCCAGUCUCACUUCGAAUUCAAUGGGUCGACUCGCGAAGCACUUCGAAAAGGAACUUCAGCGGCCGCCAGAGGAGAUGUCUGGCACUGUCGAGAUGGACAAGAGAUACAAGGCUAUAUUGGACUCCGUCCGUGUGAGACAAAGAAAGAUCUUCCGCUUUGGCAGGAUUUUGGGCCAAAGAUUUGAGAAUGCCACAGAAUACAACAUCAACAUCAACAACGAGGUAUUCGACGAGCUGCUCCUGGCCUUGAGGCUAUCUGGACACUUCCUCGUGGAGACACCCGCCACAAGCCCGAACGGAGAUGGCAAACAUCAGUCGAAUAUCUAUAUCAUCGCCAGUCCAGCUUUAGCAGGCAGAGCCAAGGACAUCCAAAGCAUGCUCGGGACAUGCUACCACGCCGAGGACAGUCCAGAAGAUCCUAGCAAUCCAUAUGUCCUUAUCCUAAGACCGGAGAACCCACUUCUGUGGGAGGGGUCUCGCAUGGAAGGUACGCUCAGUAAUGAGAUGCUAAAGACGCCGCAGUCGCUCGGUCUGACCACUGGGCGUCUGCGGCUUGUUGCAGAUGGCAGCCAGCAGCGUCUGGCAAACGCCAACAUGACAUUUGCGAACGCGACUGGCAUGGACCUGACAAUUCUUGUGGAACAGCGCGCCAACCUUGGUAGAGUCAAUCAGGAGCUGGCCAAAAUUCGCAAGACUGCUCACAAGUUGUCCAACACCAUCAUGGACUCAGUUGCUAUUGUUCGUUCCCAGACCGAAGCUGCAGGCAGGAAAUGGGAGAGUCAGGAACUCAUCCAGACGUGCUUCGCUUUCGCAACCGAGUUCGGACAGCGUUCUGCCAUCCACAUGGACGUACAAAGAAGGGCGAUCAAUCAGCAUAAACUUACCAAGCUGGCGCUAGACUGGGUGUCGUUUAUUUGCGACGAUUGCGUUGCUUCCGAUCGCAAGACUUUCCGAUGGACUGUGGUCGCUCUGGAAUUUGCAAUGGUGAUGACAAGAGGUCAAAACAUCCUUAGUAUUAGUGACGAAGAGUAUGCACUGUUGAGACAAAAGGUCGCUGGGUGUAUGAAACUGCUAAUAAGCCACUUUGAUAUCAUGGGUGCGCGAGGAACGGUCGCUGCUCAGGCCGAAAAGCAGAGAAUGGACGCCAUGGUGGGAAAGCUUAGACUGGACAUUGGAAAGCUCAAGGAUGACGAAGAGAGCUCUCGGAUUGUACGCAUGCAAUGGCUGGACGAGCUGGAGAAGAUUGAUCAAAUUCGCAAAGACCGCGAGGCCGAACGACAGAAUCUUGGCCGAGUGCUGGAAGAUUCAACAGACGCAGACCGAGCACUCACGCAUCUGUCAGCGUCGGCUGGGAACGUUCAUCUCAGAUGGCAGCAGGGUCAAUUCGUCGGUGGAGGAACUUUCGGCUCCGUCUAUGCAGCCAUCAACCUGGAUAGCGGCCACCUGAUGGCAGUCAAGGAAAUUCGUCUCCAAGAUCCGAAGAUGAUCCCGACAAUUGUGGCGCAGAUCCGCGACGAAAUGGGUGUGUUACAAGUGCUCGACCAUCCCAACAUCGUGCAAUACUACGGCAUCGAACCCCAUCGUGACAAGGUCUACAUCUUCAUGGAAUACUGCAGCGGUGGCUCGUUGGCAGGGCUUCUGGAACACGGUCGCAUUGAGGAUGAGACAGUCAUUCAGGUCUAUGCGCUACAGAUGCUUGAGGGUCUUGGAUAUCUACACGAGGCCAAUGUAGUCCAUCGCGACAUCAAGCCCGAGAACAUCUUGUUGGACCACAACGGAGUUAUCAAGUUCGUUGAUUUUGGUGCCGCCAAGGUCAUCGCCAAGCAAGGCAAAACCAUCGUCGCAGACGGUGCAGAUGGAAGAGGUCGUCAGCGCUCUGUGCAAGGAACACCGAUGUACAUGAGUCCCGAAGUCAUCAAAGGAGCUCCGUCGGGAAAGCACUCGCACGCCCGCCUCGGUGCAGCAGACAUUUGGUCUCUCGGCUGCGUCAUCAGCGAAAUGGCCACCGGCUCGCGACCAUGGGCGAACCUCGACAACGACUUCGCAAUCAUGUACAACAUCGCCAACGGCAACACACCCAACCUGCCCAUCAAAGAUCAACUGUCCGAAGCCGGCUUGGACUUUCUGAAGCGCUGUUUCGACCGAGAUCCGGCCAAGAGGGCUUCUGCCGCGGAGCUCUUGCAGCACGAAUGGAUUCUGGGGAUCAAAGUGCAAUUGAGCUUGGAGCCGGGAACGCCUGCAACGCCCAGUGUCAGCGAGGUGAGUUUUGCGUUGAACACGCCUGUUAGCGCUUCGAGCCGGGAGGGAAGUUCAUUGAAGCAGGAAGAGACUGUCGAGGAAGAGGAGGCGGAGGGGGACGGCGAGGGAGAGUUUGAAGAGGAAGAUGAUUCAGGCUCGGAAGGCGAUCGGGGAAACGAAGAGCAGGAAGAAUAA